AUGCCCUCUCACCCUCUCUCCCUCUCUCCCUCUCUCCCUCUCCCUCUCACCCUCUCUCCCUCUCACCCUUUCACCCUCUCACACUCUCUUCCUCUCACCCUCUCACUCUCACCCUCUCGCUCUCUCUCCCUCCCCCUCUCUUCCUCUCACCCUCUCACUCUCGCUCUCUCUCCCUCUCUUCUCUCUCACUCUCGCUCUCUCCCUCUCUUCCUCUCACCCUCUCACUCUCACCCUCUCACCCUCUCACACUCUCUCCCUCUCUCCCUCUCACCCUCUCACUCUCACCCUCUCUCCCUCUCACUCUCGCCCUCCCGCUCUCUCUCCCUCCCCCUCUCUUCCUCUCACCCUCUCACUCUCGCUCUCUCUCCCUCUCUUCCUCUCACCCUCUCACUCUCACCCUCUCUCCCUCUCACCCUCUCACUCUCGCUCUCUCUCCCUCUCUUCCUCUCACCCUCUCACUCUCACCCUCUCUCCCUCUCACCCUCUCACUCUCGCUCUCUCUCCCUCUCACUCUCUUCCUCUCACCCUCUCACUCUCGCUCUCUCUCCCUCUCUUCCUCUCACCCUCUCACUCUCACCCUCUCUCCCUCUCACCCUCUCACUCUCGCUCUCUCUCCCUCUCUUCCUCUCACCCUCUCACUCUCACCCUCUCUCCCUCUCACCCUCUCACUCUCGCUCUCUCUCCCUCUCACUCUCUCACCCUCUCACUCUCGCUCUCUCUCCCUCUCCCUCUCACUCUCGCCCUCUCUCCCUCUCACCCUCUCACUCUCUCCCUAUCUCCCUCUCACCCUGA